CCGGGGACGUCUCACUCCCCGCAGGACUCUCGCGAGAGCAGGGGACGUGAGGCAGCUCUCACUUUCCGCCAUGGCGCUGAAGGUGGCGAAGGCAGUUUUCAGACCGGCCAUCCUCUGCCGUCCGUGGGAGGUUCUAGGAGCCCAUGAGGCCCCCCAGAGGAACAUCUCCUCACAGCGAACAAUUCCUCCGUCGGCGAAGUAUGGUGGGCGGCACACAGUGACGAUGAUCCCUGGGGAUGGCAUUGGGCCAGAGCUCAUGCUGCACGUGAAGUCUGUAUUCAGGCAUGCGUGUGUGCCGGUGGACUUUGAGGAGGUGCACGUGAGCUCCACUGCCGACGAGGAGGACAUCCGCAAUGCCAUUAUGGCCAUCCGGCGGAACCGUGUGGCCCUGAAGGGCAACAUCGAAACAAACCACAACCUGCCACCAUCCCACAAAUCCCGAAACAACAUUCUUCGCACCAGCCUGGACCUCUAUGCUAAUGUCAUCCACUGUAAGAGUCUGCCAGGGGUGGUGACCCGGCACAAGGACAUCGACAUCCUCAUUGUCCGGGAGAACACCGAGGGGGAGUACAGCAGCCUGGAGCAUGAGAGUGUGGCUGGAGUGGUGGAGAGCCUAAAGAUCAUCACUAAGGCCAAGUCCAUGCGCAUCGCUGAGUACGCCUUCAAGCUGGCUCAUGAGAGUGGGCGCAAGAAAGUGACAGCCGUGCACAAGGCCAACAUCAUGAAACUGGGCGACGGGCUCUUCCUCCAGUGCUGCCGGGAGGUGGCCGCCCGCUACCCCCAGAUCACCUUUGAGAACAUGAUCGUGGACAACACCACCAUGCAGCUGGUGUCCCGGCCCCAGCAGUUUGAUGUCAUGGUGAUGCCAAACCUCUAUGGCAACAUUGUCAACAAUGUCUGCGCAGGGCUGGUCGGGGGCCCGGGCCUUGUGGCGGGGGCCAACUAUGGCCACGUGUACGCGGUAUUCGAGACGGCUACUAGGAACACUGGCAAGAGUAUCGCCAAUAAGAACAUCGCCAACCCCACAGCAACACUGCUGGCAAGUUGCAUGAUGCUAGACCACCUCAAGCUCCACUCCUAUGCUGCCUCCAUUCGCAAGGCUGUCUUGGCGUCCAUGGACAAUGAGAACAUGCACACCCCAGACAUCGGCGGCCAGGGCACCACAUCCGAGGCUAUCCAGGACAUCAUCCGCCACAUCCGUAUCAUCAACGGCCGGGCGGUGGAGGCUUAGCUGUCCCAGACUGCCCUGCCCACCCCUUAGCACUGCCCGGCAGUCCCAGCAGCUUGGGGCAGCCCUGACUGCAGAAUAAACCGGCCUCUGCCCCCGA